GGGGCAACCACAAUCAGCCCCAGGUUCAUCACGCAUCAACACAGCAGUACCCCGCCCCUCGAGCACCAACACGGCUGAAACUUGGAGGGAACCCUUGGGUCAUCACAAGGAGAACAAGCUGCGAAGAACGCGCUGCAAAUAGGUCACGUUACUCCCGGCGUCGUGCCCCAAAGGGACACCUGUGACCUCAGUCGUGCGGGCGAGGAGGAAGGAGAACUCGGGGGGAGCUUCUCGCCUGUGUUAAUGAGACGAAUGUUCGAAGAUGCCGACUCCAUAAUUUAUCACGACCCGACCUUCCCCUACAAACCAGGAACUGUGGAGGACGACGACGGCGGGGUGUCAGAUGGGAGCGAGGACGAUAUCAGUCGUUUGGAAACAAGGGAAUUCGCCGGCACGUUGAAUGGUGACGUGGUGGAGCAGGAGCAGGUGCUGGCGAGUGUGACGAACCACCUCGAUCAGACGUGCGUUUGGAUGCUGCCAAUGUGGGAAAAGGUUAAGGCAUUGCAACCUACACACGGAGAAGGGGGAUGCAGCCCGGAGAACGUUGAGUUGCAUUUGCACAACACAAUCGAUGAGGUGGGAGACUGGAUUCUUUCCCGGGGCAUCCAUGUAGUGGCGUGGAAGCACAUGGAUAGAGCCGGCAUCGAGGAUAUGGAGUGGGGUUGGUUUAUUCCAAGACAUCAUUCCAAAUCGAGUGCCGCAGCGAUAGAAACAGACGCCCACCUGAGUAACCUGGUCGCUGGCGUCGACAAGCGGAUCGAUCUGAAAAACGGGGCAGGGCUCCUUUUCGUCAGUCUUGACUUCUACAACUUCGUGCUGAUGCUGGAGAAUGGAUACUAUCACGUCCUCCACCAACCAUACUACUUGGGCCCGUAUCUGGGGGACUUGCCUGCUGGGCCAUUGAGGGUGGUGAGCGAGUCGGAGGAGGUGAAGGAUGCCUGGGCGAAGUGUUGUCCUGCUGCCGUGGAACCCCCCCCCUUUCGAAGCCGAUGCCAAGGCACUCGAGAAGCUAAGGAUAUUGAUCAUGGAUAA